CAAAGCCACACUUGGCACAUCUCAUGUCAGGAAGGUGUAUCUAGCUCCAUGCUGCCCUGGGCUGCUCAGACUCUCAGCUGCCCCAUGAUAACGAGUCCCUGGAUGUGCAAGAAAUCCCACCAGGGCCAUUGCUCUUCACUGCCCCUCUGCUCCUCAGUGACGCACAGCACUAAGCACCCAGUGGCAGCUGCUGACCUCGGCAGUGGCUUAUUGCAUCAGAGCUUAAGGUAGCACAUUUGUGCACUGGAAGAUAAACCUUUAAUCCUUCUUGUAGGCCAAGGUGGGGUGCAAACAGCUGCACUUGCAGUACCCCGGUGGCACUCUCUGGCCUUGGCAACAAGUGUGAAAAGUUAAUUGAGAGGACAAGUGGGGGGUGUUUUCACGGAACAUAAAGGAAGACCUUUGGGUCUGCCCAGAGUGAUCGUGGCCUGCCUUGGCUGCAGCCAGCCAGGUCUUCUGUUGUCCAUGGGGCCAGCACUUCAGUUCCUUCAGACCUUCCCCACUUGGAGUGAAGGUUUCCAACUUGGUUUCUUCCUUAAAGAGAGCACAGUGCUUGGUGCUUUGUUCCUUUAAACCUUCUGCAUGUGCUAACCUAACCCACAGGGAACACGGUAAAACUAAGCCAGGACUGAAGGAGAUCUGUUGAGGCCAAGAGGACAUGAGCUUCUGCCCACCUCGUACCCGUGAGCUCCAGCAGCUCAGGCACAUCCUCCUGUGCUGGAUGCAGCACUCACAGCCUCCAGUCAGCUUUGUUGUGUUCCUGCUGUAUGUGUCCCACUGCCUCUGAAACACAAAGAGAAGACAAUGUGGGACUCAAUCACUGGUUGGCACAAAGAACGUCUCAAGCACGGUCAAGUGCAUUGAGUGGGGAGGCAGAGAGACGUGGAGGACAGGGGAUGCCCUGAUGAGUGCUUCCCCUGUGGGAUUUGGUGAUCCUGGAAGGUUCUGGAAAGACAAAAGAUUUUUGUCAAGGGGCGAAUGAAGUUGAGUGUGGCUGCGGCCCAAAACCUCCCUUCAGUGCCCUUGUCCAGCAGCUGUCUCAGCACCGGUGCAGAACGAUGCCUAUCCAGGACAGAUGGACUAGGUUACCUAUUUGUUGUUACCAAUGUAAGUGGCAAGACCCAAACCACGUGCAAAGCCAGUCUCAGAAGGUUGGUACCACUGGAAAUCUGCCAGUGGGGUCAGUGCUUCACUCUGGUGUUCCAACCUCCCCAGCCAAAUCCUGCAGCAGAAAAAGACGUGGCUGCGAGCACAUGGAAGCAGGGUUGGUGAUGCUCAUGCUGCCUGAGAGCUGCCUUCUGCAGCCUCCCGCAGGGAAUGGCAGUUCUGGUGGGGAUGGUUUUCCAUGGGGACUCUGGAGAGUCACUGACCCACUUCUCUUGUAAGAAGGGGCCUGGGACACCCCUCUGUCACUGAUGGAGCCCACCACAGCGCCCUGCCCUGCCCAGCCACCAUCUGCAACCCCCAAACCCACAGUUGUGGGGUUUUGAACCUCAAACUUCCCUCCUGUUAGUGGGGGAUGGAAGGGAGCUUCUACUUGUUGGAGAGACCUGAAAGCUCAGCCCAGGAGCCAAGAUAAGGAUUCCCAUCUGCCUUGUCAUCCCCUGGCAACCUGAUGGUGAUGCAUCCCAACCCCAGCACCUCCCUGUGGGGAAACUGAGGCACUUAAUAUGGAUGGGCAGUGCGCACGAAUGCCAGUGGAGGGUGGGCUGAAGGCCUUGGGGGUGAGGGUGGCACAUGUCCUCCUGGGCAAUGGCAGCAUUGAGCUGUGGAUGUCCAGCUCUGGAUCAUGGGGUGCAAGGACUCCCAUGGGGGCCAGGCCCACCCCAAACCCUUGCUCCCAGGGGAGCACAGCUGUGCUGAGAAGCGAGGCUCCGUGAGUGGAGCUGCUGCCCGGUUUGGGCCCCCCCAAACGAAAGCUGUGGUGCAGAGCUGCCCCUGUAUAUGCCCAUGAACCAUGGUCCCCAACAAUGGCAGUGUAGGCCGGAGACAGGUGUCCCCUUAAUACCCUCCCAGAAAAGCCAAUUACCCCGCAUGAUUAUGAUUAAUAAUUCUGUAAGCCCCGAUCGCGCUGACUCCGGCGCCCGCAGCUUACCCCAGGGGGCACUUUAUAAGAGGUGCCCGUGGGGGUGAGCGCCGCCGCUUCUCCUUGGGGUGACUGCGAAGGCUGAGAGGUGGCGGGAGCCCCACUCGAGAGGUGAACCCCCCGCACAGCACCGAACCCCUGAGGAAGAGCACGAGGCACCCCCCGAGCCGCAGCCAUGAACGGGACCGAAGGCCAAGACUUCUACGUGCCUAUGUCCAACAAGACUGGGGUAGUGCGGAGCCCCUUCGAAUACCCCCAGUACUACCUGGCUGAGCCCUGGAAGUUCUCGGCACUGGCUGCCUACAUGUUCAUGCUGAUCCUGCUUGGCUUCCCUAUCAACUUCCUCACGCUGUACGUCACCAUACAGCACAAGAAGCUCCGGACACCUCUAAACUACAUCCUCCUGAACCUGGCAGUCGCCGACCUCUUCAUGGUCUUUGGUGGCUUCACGACCACCAUGUACACUUCGAUGAAUGGGUACUUUGUCUUUGGAGUAACGGGGUGCUACAUCGAAGGCUUCUUUGCCACGCUGGGUGGUGAAAUCGCUCUCUGGUCGCUGGUUGUCCUGGCCAUCGAAAGAUACGUGGUGGUCUGCAAGCCCAUGAGCAACUUCCGCUUCGGGGAGAACCACGCCAUCAUGGGCGUUGCCUUCUCCUGGAUCAUGGCACUGGCGUGCGCCGCUCCCCCGCUCUUCGGCUGGUCCAGGUACAUCCCCGAGGGCAUGCAGUGCUCGUGUGGGAUUGACUAUUACACCCUGAAGCCAGAGAUCAACAACGAAUCUUUCGUCAUCUACAUGUUUGUGGUUCACUUCAUGAUCCCGCUGAUGAUCAUUUUCUUCUGCUAUGGGAACCUGGUUUGCACUGUCAAGGAGGCUGCUGCCCAGCAGCAGGAGUCUGCCACCACCCAGAAGGCAGAGAAGGAAGUGACCCGCAUGGUCAUCAUCAUGGUCAUCGCCUUCCUGAUAUGCUGGGUCCCCUACGCCAGUGUCGCUUUCUACAUCUUCACCAACCAGGGGUCAGACUUUGGGCCCAUCUUCAUGACCAUCCCGGCUUUCUUUGCCAAGAGCUCCUCCAUCUACAACCCUGUGAUUUACAUUGUCAUGAACAAACAGUUCCGUAACUGCAUGAUCACAACCCUGUGCUGCGGCAAGAACCCGCUGGGCGACGAGGACACGUCUGCGGGCAAGACAGACACCUCCUCCGUCUCCACCAGCCAGGUCUCCCCCGCGUAGGCUCCGCGGCGCUGCCGGUCCUCGGGGUGCGCGUCGCCGCCUCGGGAGCACGAACCUGCCCCCGCCACCGCCCGUCCCCGCUGCACCGCUGCGGGCCCUGCGGGUGGGCUCCUCUCUCCUGCACUAGGAACCCUGGGCACAAGGCUGUAAAUGUGUACACACGUUUUGUAAUUAAAAUGCAAAGGCUUUAGCUCCGCUGCCGUAAAUCCGCCUUUCUGUUCACUCGCUGAGCGCUCGCGCCCUGCUCCGGGGGCAGACCCCGGCUCCGACGCCUGCGGUGCACGGCCCGAGCUGCCCUCGCCUCCCCGGUCCCACCGUGACGGCCCGGCCGGUGCUGCCCAGCCGCUCGGCCCCGCUGCCCGCGGCAGGUUCGGCUGCUGCGAGGUGCCCCCAGCCCUGCCCGGUGCUCCCCGCUCCAGCCCUGCCCCACCUCCAGCACGGCAGGAGCCCUGCGAGGCUCCGUCACCCCGCAGCCGGGACAGGGCACGGUGCGGUGCAAUCGGGCCCCUCCAUGCCGCAGAGGUGAUGGCUGAGGAUCCUGCCCAGCAAGCGGGCAGCACGGAGGGGUCCUGCCGGCACAGUACAGCCGGGC